AUUAUUUACUGGUCUUUCCUACUUAAAAAGCAGAUAUGACGCCUUUGGAUUUCAAGUUACAUACGCAGAGUCGAGUCACUUCGAGUAACAUCACUACUUUUUAAUCCCCUUAUACGAACCUGUCUUCCCGCGAUGACCCUUGUAAAAGCCCAACCUCCCCUUAAUAACGGGCACGUCAAAAAUGAGGCUAAGGCUUGGGCGCAAAACAAGCUUUCGCAAAUGACUCUUGAAGAAAAAGUCCUUUUGCUCACGGGUGAAGACCUCUGGAGAACGAACCCAAUUCCUCGUCUUGGUGUUUCCAGAAUCAAGACCUCGGACGGACCUGUAGGUGUUCGUGGGGGUAUUUUUACAGAUGGAGUCAGCGCCGCUUCAGCACCUACCGGGGUUUCCCUAGCGGCGACUUGGGAUUCAUCUGUCAUUAGAGACGUUUGCAGCGUUUUGAUCCACGAGGCCAAGAGCAAGGAAGUUGAUGUUCUGCUCGGACCAACAGUGUGCAUUCCCAGAACACCACUCGGCGGCCGCAACUUCGAAGCCUACAGCGAAGAUCCCUACCUCACCGGCAAAAUCGCCGGUGAGUUCAUCAACCGUCUCCAAGAUGCCGGUAUUGGCGCUUGUAUCAAGCACCUUGCCGCAAACGACCAAGAAACGCGACGCUUCUUCAUCGAUGAGAAGAUUCCAGACCGAGCUCUACGAGAAAUUGCGUUGCAGCCGUUCCAAAUUGCUAUUCGUGAUAGUAAUCCUUGGACGGUUAUGACUGCUUAUAACAAGAUCAACGGAACGUUCUGCUCGGCUCAUGACUUUUUGAUUCAGGAUGUUCUUCGUAAGGAAUGGGGUUGGGAUGGUCUUGUGAUGAGUGAUUGGUUUGGCACAAAUAGUGUUGUCCCAUCUGUCAAGGCAGGGCUUGAUCUCGAGAUGCCGGGGCCUGUGCGACGAAGAGGCAAGCAUCUUAUCGACGCCUAUCAUAAAGGCCUUGUCGAUCUAUCCUUUAUCGACGCCUCGGCUUCAAAAGUCCUUGAGCUUGUACAUAAAGUUGGAAAGAGUAAUAUUCCUGAAUGGAAGGAAGGCAAGGAAAAGGCAGAUGAUCUUCCUGAACAUCGGGCAAUUUUCCGUCGAGCUGGCGCAGAAGGUAUCGUUCUGCUCAAGAAUUCUUCCAAGCUUCUUCCUCUGUCCAAUCUGAACGGGAAAAGAAUCGCUGUUCUCGGACCCAACGCUCUCCGUUCGGUAGCUACAGGUGGAGGCAGCUCUAACCUCGCGCCUCACUAUCGAACAACACCUUACCAAUCGAUCAAGGCCGAAAUAGCCGCCAAGUUUCCUACAGCCAAGGUCCAAGCCCACGCAGGCAUUCUCACCCAUCGGUACAUCCCGCUCAUCGACCAAUCUGUCAUGACGAAUCCAGAGACUGGAAAGCCUGGCUUUCAACUAUCUCUGUUCCGAAACAUGAACCACAGCGGAGAGCCCUUCAUGGUUGAGAAUAGACCUAGUUCCAACUUGGUCUGCUAUGAUGGGCUUCCUCCAGAGUUGACGACUGGUGAGAGAUACUCAUACAGAGGACGAACUAUCCUCAAGCCAAAGACCACUGGGCUCCAUGAGUUCUCACUGUCUUCAUGUGGACCAGGAAAGCUCAUGCUUGAUGGAGAGGUCAUUAUCGAUAUCGAGCGACACUGGUGGUCUCCCAAAUCCUCUCUGUUCAUGAGUUACGGUUCUCCAGAGGAGAGGGUCAAGGUGUACAUGGAAGCCGGGCGAGAGUACCAACUGCUUCUUGAGUCCAUAAGUCGAGAGCCUAAGCCCUAUGAUCUCGAUUACAUGGCGGAACUUGAACGCGAGGAGGUUCAAGAUGGUGGUCGUAUUGGCUUCAUGGAAAACCCCGGUGAUCUAGAUAAGUUCUUCCAGGAAGGCGUUGAUAUGGCUCGUGACAGCGACAUCACAAUCGUUGUGGUGGGCAAAGAUCAUGAGUGGGAGACGGAGACAAGCGAUAUGGUUUCCAUGGACUUGCCUGGGCGAUCAAACGAGUUCAUCAGCGCCGUCGCUACAGCCAACCCCAACACCAUCGUGGUCAACCAGACAGGCAGCCCUAUCACCAUGCCCUGGAAGGAUGAGGUCUCUGCCAUUGUCCAGGCUUGGUACCAAGGACAGGAGCAGGGCAAUUGUCUUGCAGAUGUGCUUUUGGGGACAGUAAAUCCCAGCGGAAAGUUACCCAUCACCUUCCCCAAGCGCAUCGAAGACACACCACCUUACGAUAAUUAUCCUGGUGAGAAUGAUGUGGUUUAUUACGGCGAGGGUAUCUAUGCAGGCUAUCGAUUCUACGACCAUCGCAAGAUCGACCCUCUCUUCCCCUUUGGCGCAGGUUUGUCAUACACCACGUUUGAGUAUAGCAACAUGCACGUUAGCAGCAAUGAGUUUCAUGAAGAAGUGGGCAUUGAAGUUGAGGUAGAUGUCACCAAUACUGGAUCGCGCGAUGGAAAGGAGAUUGUUCAGUUCUAUGUUGGUCAGCUUGAUCCGAGGCUUCAUCGACCAGAGAGGGAGCUGAAGGGCUGGGGCAAGGUUUUCGUUCCUGUUGGCCAGACUGUCACUGUACGUAUGAAGAUUGACAAGGUCAGCUUGUCUUACUGGGAUGAUAGCUUUGAUAAGUGGGUGAUUGAGAAGGAUGCCGAGUAUCGCGUGACAGCGGCCAAGGACUCCAGGGACGAAGGAUUGACAGUCACUUUCAGGUCUCCAAAAGAGUGUCACUGCUUAGUGAGGUCAUUUUAGCAAACCAAAAUGUUUAAUAUUUCGCCAUCUCGGAACGCUGUCGGUGACAUCUCUG